AUGGACAACCAGCAGAAAAAUGACAUGGAAGAGGUAGAAACUGCUGAAUCUGAUGUAGAACAGACAGAGGAUGGGAUCUCAAGGAAGAGAAAAGCAACAGCCAUUGUAGAUAGUGAUGAAGAUGAUGAGGAAGAAGGAAGUGAGGAUGAGAGUGAUGAAGAUGAGGAUGGUAGUGACGAUGAAGAUGAAGAAGAUGAUGGGGAGGAGGAGGAUGAAGAAGAAGUUGGAGAAGAAUGGGAAACUGAUGAGGAAGAAGAUGAAGAGGAUGGAGAAGAUGAAAGCCAAGAAGCCUCAACGUUAUUGGAGAGUGACUCUGAUGGUGAAGGAGAAAACUGUCCAGUUUUGUCAGUGCUCCAGACUGAAUUUGUAAACAUUUUAGAGACAUGUGACCACAACUUCUGUCUUGAGUGUAUCCAGGAGUGGUCAAAUAAUGUGAACACAUGUCCAGUUGAUCGUCAAGUCUUUCAUCUGAUCUUUGCUAAGCAUGCUGGAGAGGACAAGGUUUUCCGAAGGAUUGUGGUGGAGGACAAGAACAUGUGUGACAUUCCAGAGGAGGAAGACGAAGAUCCUACUUACUGUGAAGUGUGUGGACGAUGUGACAGGGAGGACAGGCUCCUCCUGUGUGAUGGAUGUGAUCAAGGGUUUCAUUGUGAAUGCCUGACCCCCCCUUUAAGGGACAUUCCUGUAGAGGAGUGGUUCUGUCCUGAAUGUGCUGACCUCAACAAACAAGGCACAGAAACAGCAGAGACAGUUGAUGACUAUGAAGAGGUCAGUGAGAUCAUCCAGGAAAAUGCAGGUAGCUCGGCCACCUCCUUCCUCCGACCACGUCGGCGACAGGUAGCUAGAACCCGUGUCAUGGAGCGUGUGCGCAGUCAAAUUGCAGAACUGCGACGAGAGCGAGCUCGCAGAUUUGCUCGUCGAGAAUAUAUUGUCGAUUCUACAGAUGAGGAAGACCUGGUUAUGGCGGCUGAGGAAAUGGAAACAGAGGCAGCCUCAGGUGCAGGACCAAGCAAACCAGCCACAGUCAAGAAACGAAAGACGCCAACAAAGCGUAGGAAGACGACAACAAAGAAAAAAAGGAAGUCAACCACCAAAAAGAAACGAACUACAAAGAAGACUGGUACGAAGCGAAAAAGAACUACAAAGAAGGGGAAGAAAGGGAGAAAGAAGAGAAAGACAAAAAAGAAAGCUCGUACAGUAUGUUUUUGUUAUAAAAGCUAUAGACCCAAACUAAACACAGCUCUUUAUUAUGCCCAAACUAUUAAGAUGGAGAUCCCUUCAAGUACAGUGAAAGCCAGAAUAGCGAGGAAUCUAGGACUGUCUAACCCACCUGUGGGCAGAACAAUCCCAUUGCAGAAAAUGUCUGGUGAAAAGACUACAGAGAACAAGAAGGUUGACUCUGGAAUAGCCCCAUUAUCAAUCCUGGGUCACAAAGAUGAUCUGUAUUCAUUUCAGGAUGAGGAUGCUCCACAACCAGGUACAUCUGUGGUUACUCAAAAUAAACCUUCUCGCUAUUCCCGAUCCUCCCUCCAGUCCCACAAACCCGUUGGUAAACCAAGAGCCAGCUCAUCCUCCUCUUCUUCUGCUGCUGCUCGCCCAGCCCCAACUCCUACACCUGCCAGUGGAGGAUUUGAUCUCCUUGGUUCUAUAAUGCAGAAUCAGACACUUCUGGGGAUGGACAGCAAGAAUGUCACAAUACAGAGGGAUGGUUCACUACUAGCAAAGCCAGAUAAAAAUAAGACCCCCAAGACUGAGCAAACCAAGAAGCCUGAAGCAGUCAAAACAAAGGAGGAAAAAGAAGAUGAAAUUGAAGGAUUGUAUGGUGAUGAAGCAUGCUUCUCUCCUGAGUAUGAUGAUGAAGAGAAAGUUUGCCAGUCUAUAGAGACCAGCACUGCUGUGAAGGAGGAAGAUGAUGCAGUGAAAGAGGAAAUUGUGUUGGUUCUUUUAAAGGAGGAUAUGGAGGAGAAAGAUGACAUGGAGAAAGAAGAUGAAGUGCAGUGUAGUGCUGAUGAUGAUCAGAACGAGUCAAAAGAAAAUGAAACUGACAGCAUUAAGAACGGUAGCAGUGAUAAUGAGAAUGAAGGUGAUGACAUUGAUGAUGCAACAAGUGACCAUGAAAAUGAAGAUAUUGACAAUGAGAACAAGGCUAGUGACAUUGAAGAGGAAAAUGGAGAGGAUGAUAAUGGUGAAGAUGAUGAUAAGGAUGAUAGUACAUUACAAACAGAUGACUCCGUACAGGAGAAAAAGGACACUAAUCAGAUUGAAGGACCAUACAUAUCACUCCAGGAAAAACAUGAGGAUGCUGUUAUGAAUACAGAAGAAACUGUUCAUUGUGAUGCGUCAGGAUCUUCAAGUCCUCUGGACUCUGUCAGAUAUCUUGAUAGAGAAGUAACUACAUGUUCAGCUUCAUUUAAUCCAGACUCAGAAAAAAAGAAUUUAUCCAUGAAGGACGAGCCUUCAAGUCAAAUGUUGGAGGAUAGUGGUACGACUGAGAUCACUGCAGAUGGACAAAGUGAAGGAGGCAGUAAAGAGGAAGAAAAUGCUUCAGAACAAGAACAUGAAGGAGAAGAAAACCAAGAGGUUGUUGAAGAUGAGGAAGCUACUGAGGAAAUAAGUGAUGAGGAACAAGAAGGUGAGGAUGUGGAGGGGGAAGUUGAGGAAAUUGAAGAUAAUAAAAAUGAAAAAAGACAGGAUGAAGAAGAUAUCGCUGAAGAAGAUGUAGAGGAAGUUGAAGAUGAGAAUGAGGAGGUGAAUAUAGAGGAAGAAGUUGAAGACACAGAGGAUAAACCAGAGAUACAGAAUGAAAAGGCUAAUAUUAAUCCAUAUGAAGAAGACCAAGGCAGAUUAACUGAAAUAAUAGCUCAGGAUGAAUUAGGGGAUGCAUGGGAUACUGAUGGAGAUGAUCGCGGGGCUACAUGGUCAGAGGAUAAUAUGGAAAAUGAAGAGAAUGAAAAAAAGAAAAAGUCCAAGCAUUCUGGAAAAACUAGGAGGAGUAGGAAGAGUGAUAGUAGAGUAGUAGUGGAGGAAAAUUCUCAAGAUUCAAGUUUAAUGGAGGAGGCUCUUCUUCCUAUCUCUGAAUUUCCCCGUAUACCAAAGAAAAAACGGAGAAGGAGGUCUUCUAGGAGUGAUCCUGAUCCUGAGAAAAAUUCAAAUAAGAAUAAACAAGGCAAAGGUGAAGAAGAUGAGGAAGAGUCUUUCAAAAGAACAGUAAUGAAAGAGGAGGAUGUGAUAAUAGUCAAAGUGGAAACUGCAAAAAAAAUACACGAAUUUAAGACAGAGAAAAAGGAAGUGAGAGAAAUCUCAGAGAGUAGUUCUAGACGCGAUCGUGAUGAUAGAAAAGAUCGAGAUAGAGACUCUAAACGAAAUUAUGAUCGUGAUAGAGAUAGGGAUAGGGACAGGGACGGUUCAAGUAGGCAUAAACAUAGGCGUGAUAGGCACAGGUCGCGAAGCAGGUCACGGGACAGACGUGACAGAGACAGGUCAAGGUCAAGAGAUAGAUCUAGAAGGUCAAGAUCAAGAGAAAGAAAACGCUAUGAGAGGAGUAGAUCUCGGUCGUGGGAACGACACCACAAAAGAAGAAGACGAGAUAGGAGCAGAGACAGAGAAAAGGUAUCGCGUCGAAGUAAAAGUCCCGGCAGGAGAGUGCAGGAGAAAGAAAAUAGGUAUAGUGGUGACGAUAAACGUCAAAAGCGACGUGAUGAAAAGUUUGAGAGAAAAGAGGAUGUCUCUCUCUGGACUAAAAAAUCUCGGCCAGUAACAGAAGGAAAUGAUAACAUUGACAGGAAGAAAGUGACCUCUCCAGAACAUAGUGCAAAGCAUUCUGAUGAUAAUAAGCCAAGUAGAAGUGAUGAUAAUGUAAAUAGAGACAGUGCUAUUCCUGAGGAUAUGUUAAAACGACUCAAAAUACCACCUCUUAUGUCUAAAAAAAUCACAGUAGUGACAAAUAAGAAACCAGAUAUUGAACAGUCCCAGCCAAUAUCUGUUAUUACAACUGAAAAAGCACAAAACAUUGAGGUGAUAGGCAGUCAGCAAAUGGAAACCAAGGAACCUCCUGCUGAGGUGAUGGACUAUAAGGACAAGGACAUUUCUGAUGACGAAGUGUCUGAUGAUAAGGAAACGGUACUAAAUAUAUCAGCCAUUCAGAUUCCACCACUCAUGUCCAGCAACAUCACUCUCAACCAGCCAGUGGAAAGUGCUGGUGAAUAUGAUCCAGCCUUUCCGACAGAUGACCCUGAAGAAUCUAGUCCUCCUCUUCCUCCAUUGGACACUGAGCCAGUGGUGUACAAUGUACCACCUCCACAGAUAUCAUUCCCUCCACACAUGAUGGAGGAGGGAUUUAGCUCUCACCAGCGUCUCUCUCCACUUCCUCCCCACCAACCCCCACCCCCAAGCCAGGGCAUUCUUGGGGAAGGGGGAACAAUACUUUUACCCACAGGCGAUCCUCCACAAUCCCUUAUGCAGCAGCCACAGAAUGUGCCACCAAUGCCCCUAGGUCUUAGAAUGGUUCCACAAGGUUACCAGCCAGGGGUGCCUCCACAAAGGCCAAUGAUGCUGAACCCUAUGUUAAUCAACAGAGGACCAUUUAGCAGAUUUCCCAGGUUUCAAGCAGGCCACCUGCCACAAUUCAGUCUGCAAGUGCCAACGAGUGGUAAUAUAAUGCAAAUACAGAAUCGCUUUGGUCCACGUAUUGCACCUAGCAGCCUUCCUGGACAGCCUAAUCUUGUCAAUGGAGGAUUUGAGCCUGUUCCAUCAGAGUCUGGACCUCCACCCCAAUUCCAGCAUAUGCUAAGAGGGCCAAGUGAUCCAAAUAUCGGCCAUGACCCACGGAUGCAGGGCCCUAUGAGUGGCCCUAGGGGUCCACCACCUGGAUCCCAUCCACGACACCUGUCAAUGCAGGAAUCCAAUAUCCCUCCCCUGCUGCCUGAACUUGGCCUCAGGGACAGGAUACCCCAAGUGUCUAUGCCAGGGGACCAUCACCGUGGAGAAGGUCCACCUCAGAGUCUCCAAGGACUCAGCCAGUUGGAACAAAUAACACAUAUAACAAAACUCCUCAAUGCACAGGCCCAGCUAGCCAUGAUAACCAAAGAAAACCAGCCUGGGGAUGCUCCUGGACAGGAAGCUAAUGGGGAUGAUGUAUUCAAGGUGCCGUUGCCACCAAUGGGAGGUGGCAAACAGAAACUAGUCGUAGGUGGUGCUAUGAACUCAAAUGGUAAAGAAGAGGCGGAAACCAUGGAAGUUGUUGAUAUGGACAUGUCCUCACCCUUGGAUGAUGGAAAUAUUGAACUUCAUCUAACACAAGAUAAAAAUAGCGAUAAAAAUGUGUUUGGCAGCUUAAGUAGUGAUUCCAAUUCUAAAUCCUCUGACAGAAGGAGUAAAAGAGACAAAAAAGGAUCAGACAGUCAUUCGGGUAAAGUGAGGUUUAAGGGUACACGUGAUAGUGAUGAACGGACUAGUAAGUCUUCGCGAGUGAAAGUGAAAGAAAAAAAGCAUAAACCUGUGGAGGAGGAGAUGGACGAUGUCAUCUUUGAUGAUAUAAUGAAUGAUAUGUCAAAUGAUGAAAUGCCCUCUUCUGCGGUGGAAUUAACAAAUAAAGAGAAGUACCUGAAAAAGCUGCACCUGCAGGAGAGGGUGGUGGAUGAAGUGAAGGUUGCACUCAAACCCUUCUACAACAAAAAGCAGGUUUCUAAGGAACAGUAUAAAGAAAUCCUCAGAAAAGCUGUGCCUAAGGUGUGUCACAGUAAGAGUGGAGAUAUAAAUCCUGUGAAAAUUAAAGUGUUAGUGGAAGCCUAUGUGUCUAAGUACAAACGUGAUGCUCCUUCCAAGUCAAGUGUUAAGCAUGCCAAGGACAGUGCUGUGAAAGCCAAUGGAGAAGUGAAAACGAAGACAAAAUCAAGUCGAUAGCACAACUUAGAUUUGUAGUCUCCAUUUUCAAAUUGUUAAGAAAUUCGUAUUUAGAGUUUUGCAAUGGAAUGAAGUUUUUUUUACACAAUAUAGAUUUUUCCUGGGAAUGUGUGAGUUAAAUGUGGUUUUAUGUGUUUUCUGCAUGUUAGAGAGGGAGAGUAUGUAUUAUAAGUAUGAUAGUGGAGUGGUAGAAGCAUUUUCAGGGAAGCAUGCAAUUAAUGUUUUAUAGUUCACACUGUCAAUCUGUCCAAGUUGUUCUCCCUCGACUUUACUACAUAUUUCAAGUAUGUAGUGUGUAUGUUUACUCACACCAAUCAAAACAUUAACUAAAUCAUCUUUGUAUCAAAGAAACGGUGUUUAAAUGGCUGUGUUCAUUGGAAGAAGGGAUGAAAAUUUAAUCCAUUCACACAUGAUUGUUCAAAACGCACACUCGUAGCAGCUAAUUACAUACUGCAUGUAUAAUGCUAUGGAAGCUGUGUCAAAACUUCACAUUUUUAUAUAUAAAAAAGUAUAUCGUUUGGCUGCUUUAUUCUUUGUGCUUUAAAUCAAUAGUUAAUGUACAAAAAGCUGUUCAUCAAAUUAUGAUUAUGGAGAAAAAGAAGUAAACAUCUGGAAAAUUCCAGCCAAAGAAAAAAAAUUAUGCUACUUAUAUUCAUGUUGAUGGAACAGGUAUCAACUUUGAAUUUGAUUUACUUUGUGAAAAGUGUUCUACUUCGUAAUUCUGUGUUUGCAUCAAAUUCUUGCUUAAUGAAUUAUAAUCGUUAUGAGUAAGUUCAAUUCUAUCUGUUCAGUUUCAAAGAAAAGGCUUCAUGGCAUUAUCGUGUGGAUAUGAUGAAAGAUAGUUUUUCUAUAUAUAGAAAUAUCCAACUUGGUGAACAUUUUUUUGAUAAGUACAGGAAUGAAAAAUAAGUUAUUCAGCUUGAAUAUUUUUGAAGCUUUCAAGAUUGUCAAUAUUGUUUCGUGGUGAUUUAUAUCCAAAAAUAUUUUAAUAGUUGGGUUAUUCAAUAAAAGUUGAUAACAGCAAGCUGUUAAAACCAAAAUCAUGGCAGAUUUGUAUAGAGUACCUGUUUGUAAAACAUCACAAUUGAAAAGUAUGAAAAUACACACUUCAGUCAAACUUAUGUGUUUGUAAAUGAUAUAUCUGAAAAUUCAACAGGAGUGAAGACCAAUUUUCUUUCCUUUUUUUUUUAAACAUUAUGCAAAAAGAAAUUAUUGUUAAUAACAAAUGAAUCAGUAAUUCAAUAGCAAUUUGCAGAAUCAAUCAAAUUCUGUUCUGUUUUUUUUUUUUUUUUUUGCAGCAUUUCUUUAGAAAUACAUGGUACUGUUUAUACCAGAUUAGAAAUCUCUGGCUUGUUGUUGCAAGGAUUUAACCAAACUUACCGCUGAUAUUCUUAAAAUCAACCAAUACCGAUAGAUUCUGAUACAUUUCAAAUAUAGUGAUAUCUUCUGAAUCUUUGAGAAUAAAAAAGGAGAGAAAAAACAACGAAUUCUGUGGUAUAAACUUUGUAUUGGAGUUGUUAGUUACAUUGAGUAGUUUUAAAGGUCUUUUUUUUAUUCAAAAGCUCCUUAUCAAAUAGAUUCCAUUUGUAUAGUUUUCCAGAUUAAUGAAUACAUAACCUAGAUUACCAUAAAGCAGUUCUGUUUAGAAAGUGAUAAGAUGGUUUCACAAUAUACAGUUGCACAGUUAGUGAGUGUCGAGUGUAUACAAUACACAUAGUUAAAGAGGUGCUAUUGCGAACAAUUGUUAAGAUUAAGGAGGUUCCAUUGUAUACGAUUGUCCACAUUAAAGAGAUUUGACUGUCCACAGUUUUGGUUGGUGUGGUUCCAUUGUGUGUAUUAAUGGUAAUCAAUACGAUUUUGUCCUUUAUCAUUAGGAAUAUUGAGAUUUUAGUAGUUCUAGUUAUGAUGCUAAAUGGGUCGAGGAUGCAUUGACUGGAUAUGGUGAGAGAUGAAAUAUAAACAUGUUUGAUGUAUCGAUAGGUCAGUAUUGUGUUUUUUGUCCACUUUAUUUAUACAAAAGGGAUUGAAGAUUAACUGUGAAGUCAUACAAACUCUUAGAAAUUGUUGUAGAUCUUAAAAUUUUAAAAUCUGACAGUAAGUGUGACAAGCCUGUCAAAAAAUGUGGUAACAGUCUUGUUUCUAAGGUAUAUUAUUUGUGGUUGUAAACCAAAUGGUUGACUGGGCAUCAAUAUUUAAAAGUAUUUAUAUAACAUAUGAAAGAUGAAUGAUUAUGGUCAUGAUGGGGGUUACGUUGAUAAUGUUAACACACUUUUGAUAGUUGAUCUACAUUUACUUGUAUUCUGGGGUUCCGUAAAAGUGUACUAAGUUAAAAAAACUAGCUGACAGGUUCAGACUUUAUUUCUUCGAAUACAUGCAGGAGAUUUGUUUUGUGAAAAGGUGUUCUUCCUUAAGACCCUACUUUGAAUAAUGCACUGUAUAUUUGUGGGUAGUUACUUAACUGAACUGGCUUCUGUAGAACCAUUUUGACUGAAAUGAUAAAAUGCAUUUCUGUCCUACACUUUUAGAUAUUUUUGGAUAUGGUGCAAUACAUGGAAUAGUUUCAGGCUUAAAUGAAUUAAUCAUUAUUUUAUACAAGCUGGUAUGGGGGUUUUGAACAUAAAAUACAUUCAAAUAUCAUCCUGAAUUGAAUGAAAUAAACUGGCUCAAGAAAAAAAAGUAUUUUCUAGUGUAAUUUUAUCAGUUUAUUCAGCACAUGGAGAUAUUUGAAUGUUUUGUAUGGUAAAUGCAUACUUACAUUACAGCUUAUAUAAUGUCUACAAGAUGGCGAUAUCCAAAUCACAUUGUUUUAAUGUUUCUAAAAAUAUUCCAUUUUACAAUAUUAGAUUUUGACAAAGAAUACCUGUUCAUGGCUAAAUUUGCUGUGCAGUGUUAUGUUUUCACCUAAAAUGGUUUUUGCUACUUCUAUCUGUAGCAGAAAUUCUUCAAGGAUUAAUUUCUUUCUGAACUAAAUCUUGAAACAUGAAUUCUGAACUUUGCCUGAAUACAUGCUACAUUGUAGUUUAUAUUUUAAUAUUAAGAAUCUGUCACAAUAAUGAUUUAAGUUUGGCACAGUCAAUGCUGUAGCCAUUUUCAAAUUUAUACUGUUUCUGAAUUUGUGACUUAACACUGCCAUUCCGGACAAGGGCAGGGAGUUAUGCGUCAGGUGGAGAAUUGGCUACUUUCUCAUUAACAUUCAAUGUUUGGAAUGCUUAACAUUUCUCUUUUAAACUUGUUUCUUGUAAGUGCUACAUUGAGUAAUUGCUGAGCUUUAUGAAUUGCAGUACUUUUUGAUGUAUUGUCCGUCCAACCGAAUUCAUAUUUUUUUUGUUUUUUGUUUUUUAAUUCAUAUCGCUAAACCAAGUUUUAUCCAAACCGAAAAAAAUUCAGUAUUUGUUAUUUCAUACACAUUGUCUGUUUAUUCCUCUACUUCUAUUUUGUGAUGAUAUAUAAUUGUAGAUUCUCUUUACCUUCACACAAAAUGGCAGCUAACUAUUAGAGUAGCAGCUAUGUUUACAUCAUCUUUUGAUAUCUUACAUUUUUGUUGAAACCAGAUUUCCUCAUUUGCAGUUUUCAGAUCUUCAGUUGCAAUUCAACAAAGUUUCUACUAACUCAUAAAGCAUAAUAUAUGAUCAUGAUCCUAUAAAACCAUUUUCAUGCUCAGUAAUUCUGUUAACAGGUUCUACAGGUCAAGACUGAUAAUACCAUAAACCUUUUAUUAACAUAUUUUUGGAGUUAAAUUAGGGUUAUAGGCUAGGUCCAGCUGUAAUUGUGCUCUGAUGCCAGGUCCCCAUGGCUUAGCAUGUAAAUUAUGUUAUUUUGGUAGCAUGAUCACAGAUAUGUUGUUCAUGUGUAAGCACAGAUAAUUUAUUGAAAACAAAAAGUAUUUUGGAUGUAGGAUUGUUGGAAUAUGAGUGGACAAUAUGUGUUCAGUUAGUUCCAGUUUUACGGUAUGUUCUUUUUUCAAAGUGACUACCCUACUAGGAACUGUUUGGUGUCAAAGCACUGAAAGGAAUUCUGCACUGGUGCAUUAUUUUAUCCAAACUUAACAACAAUGCUAGCUUUGCCUACAGAAUCAAAGUGAAGUGAAAGCGAGUUCGUAAAAGGAAAGCUGACACUUUCAUGUUCUCAAAUAUUGUCAAAAUGGCAGAUUGAUGUAUGAUGAAAAACAUGCUGCUUAGAGACUUAUCACAAGGCUUUUUCAUUUCACUUUUAACUGAUGCAAAAUGACAUUGGUAUGAACCUGAUGCCAUAUGUGUGAAUGUUUGAUAUCCCUAUUUGUGCAAGGAUAGUCAAGUCACCUUUUGUAUGGAGAUAUUACCAAGGUUUUGUGUGCCUAAAUGUACAGGGGAAGCUCUCCGGGCCGAUAGAUAAUAUAUGUGUUUGGAGAAGUGAAAGUUGUUUAAAAGGUAAUAAACAAUUAUUACAUGAUGAAA